AAUCGCUGAAUACUAAGCAAUUGAGGUAAACAUGAAUUUCUGAUAAUAGAAAUGGAACUCCUCAACGAAUCUGCUCCGAAUCCGCUUGCCAAGACGCCGAAAAGUGGCAUGUCCACGGGCGGCAAGAUCCUGAUAGCAGCAACGGGCGGAGUAGGUAUCGGUCUGUCGAUUGUGUGCGCCUCCUUUGUGGCGCCUGCAUUCCGGAGGAUUUGCUUGCCUUAUGUGCCAGCGACGACCGAGCAAAUACAGAACGUUCUCAGCUUCCUGCCCAAGAAUUCGGCCGGAAAACUGCUGGACAUUGGAUCCGGCGACGGACGGAUUGUAGUGGCUGCGGCACAGCAUUGUGGUGCUCUAAAAGCAGAUGGCGUGGAGCUAAACCCAUGGCUGGUCUACUACUCGCGCCUGGCCGCGCUGCGUCACAGCGUUUCCAAACGGACGAGAUUUUUUCGGCGAGAUCUCUGGAAGUUCGAUAUAAAGGACUACAACUUCGUGGUCAUUUUUGGGGUUGAGCAGAUGAUGCAAGAUCUAGAACACAAACUCAUUGCUGAGUGUCCGCACAACACCAAGAUUAUCGCCUGCCGCUUUCCACUACCCAGCCUAGAGCACGUGAAGAUUAUAGAGGACGGAGUAAACACCGUCUGGUUCUACGACCUGAACAAAAGCUAGCAAAAGUUUUAUUAAAUUGGUAUUUUUAUUGUUUUUCUCAGUAAGAAAACAAUGCUUACGAUAAAUGCUGGAAGGGUUGGUCAGUUAUACAAACUUUAUACCUCAAGGGAAUACAAAAAGGACGAGGACAUGACGUGAGUAGCUAGCACCGCUAGCCGGAAUACCAAAGAUGAAGGAACAUUAAAAGUGGAGGCAGUGAAGGUGGCAACCAGCUACGCUAGAAACGGCGACCCAUGUAAAUACACUUGGUGGCCUCCUCGCGAUAGACAUCCACGAAACCGAUUCUGGAAUAAAAGUUCACCUGGGCGACAUCUUGUUGCGGAACGCGAACGUGAGCACCAAAGCAGCCGUUCGCACGCAGGGCGGCCAGAAGUACGGUGAGCAUCCGCUUGGUUAUUCCCGAGUCGCGCUCCUCCGCUUCGCGCAAAGUUCCGGAGAUCAACACGGCAGGGAAGGAGCCGCUCACCUCUACGGGACACUGGUCCAGAGCCCCGUUACCGCUGCUGUCAUGAUAACUCUCCACAAGGGAGGUGACGAGCUGUACAACCUCCUCGCCACCCUCCAGUGGACAAAUAUCUCUAGAGUACUUCUCACGCAGUUCCGUGUACCAGCACAGCUCCAGGUUGCGUCGAAAUAUGUUGACAUCCAGGGCGGCGCAUGAAUAUCCAAUGAUACGGUUACUCUCGUCGUAGGCCACAAUGCACAGUUGCGGACUGAGGGUGAGAUAUCCACCGAUCAGCCCAUCCGCCACAAUGUUUGGCACAUUCGCCGGCAGCGGGAACGGAAUGUGCCUGCCUCCGUCCAGCUCUCCCCGCCACUGCAAAUACAGGCGAGUGCACAAAUCGUUGACUUGCUGUUCGUCCGAAUUGCAGUAAGGUCUCAAGAGAUAGUAGUUGGCCGUGGGCUGUUCCGGAAGCUUGUACACGAACAGGUCGUUGCCCGAGUCCACAGGCAUCAGGCGUUGCAGGUCGGCAAUGAGGCCGCCUCUAAAGACCCACGGCUCCUGAUCACCAGACAUGAACGCCUCCUUCCAGCCCUUGCUAAACCCUGACACGUUUUAAGUAUAUUAGGGCAACGCUAAAAUAUCGAUCGGUUGGUUCACUUACAUGUGUAGCUGCCCUCUGUGUAGGAAGACGUAUUUUGCGGGAAAUGGCCGAGAGCCAGCCACUUAACAUAGCAAUUGAGCAGAGAUAGGGCGCCGGAGAUGUCCCACAUAUACGAGUACAGCUCGUGGCAAAUCUCCUUGUUCGGGCAAUUGGCGAUCUUAAUUAGGAGCUCUACUACAGCACUGCAGAGUUGGUCGAACUGCUCGCGACGCUGGUGCCACUCGCUAACCUCCGGCUUGUCUGAUUUAAUUGCAUCGCCUCCGCCGCCGGCAGACCGGUCCUGCAGUAUCACAUUAGCGUUGCCCUUCAGCCAGUUGAAUUCCACGAGCAGCUUGUGGCCGCGACUGCCAUGUUCGAAGGGCAGAUAGAACAGGUCGCAGAGAAGAACCAAAUCGUCAACGGUUAUUCCUUCGCCUUCGAUGGUACUGAGAUGGGAAAUCUUUACAAACUCUCACUCCAAAAUGGAGAAUUCAAAAGACAUACUUAUUAUCGUUAGUCCUAUCAGACUGAGCUUCAGUUUCCUCGCGCAUUUCCGCAUUUGAGAUCGGCGACGAAGUCCCACUCUCCACAUGCAUACUCUAAAAGAGGAAAAGCAAGAAACGAAGAGGUAAUGAGAUGCCGGAUACAUACAGAUGCAUACUUACAUGCACAUCGUUAACGGACUCCAUGAGAACAUCGUCGGCCACCACUUUAAUGGCCUCCUCCUCCCUUGGAGAGACCUGUGAUGUGAUACUGCUGCUGCACUCCAUUGGCUCAUUGACUACGCCACUUAGGGGACUAAGACUGUCAUCGUCCAGCAUUGUGUCCACACUAAGAUUGGCCACCGGUUCCUGCUUCCCCUCUAGGUUCACCUCCAGCUCUAGCCGCUCCUUCACGGAAUCACUAUUGGGCUCAAUUUCAUUGUCAUCGAAAACCGCAUUGUCCAAAGCCAGUUCCACGGAAGCCUCCACACUCUUUGUCUCCAUAAUGGGCACUGGGACAACGGAGAUCGGUAUUUUCUUGGGUAGUUCAAUGUUGCUGGCCGCUGUGGUCGGAAUGGGAUUGAUG